GGCUAGCACCGCGACCACUUCCGGGAGCUGCCAAUGAUGACGCGUCCAUAUGCCGACAAAAAUAAGUCCGACUUGUACACAUUGCCGUCUAACGGGUUUACACAGGACAGUGAGAGAGCAGAGUUUUGUUUAUCGCACUGGGUGGCAGCUGGCGAAGGGCGCCCCGCUGUGGUCGUCGGGAUCGCCGUUUCCACGCAAGGGCCUCUUUCAGGAUUUGGGCGAUGGAAUGGUGCCCGCCGUGGCUCAGCCCAGUAAGACCUGUGGGGAUUGGUUUCGGGCAGGAGGCGGCCAUGUUGGAGCUUGCCACCGUAACCCUUUUUUCUUUGAUAAUCUGAUUACGUUUCAGCAAUAAAUUAUUUUUGUCAGUUGAAAAGCAGUUUACAAUAAGAUGGAACCGCGUAGAUUACUUCUAACGGAAUACAGUUUCCAUAAAACCUGGAAAAUCUUCAGUGGCCAAUCAGAGCCUAAAUAACAAAUAUGCAAAGAACCUGUAUCGCGUUAGCUGGUGCUGCUGAGAUCGCUUCUGUAGUAAACUUCGCAAAUGAUCGUAUUCGUAAAUACUUCCUUUAAUAUUUGGGUUUAUUAUUCCGGGUCUUCAAGCACAAGAUGAAAUGCAUCUGCAGCUAUGCUCUGAGAGGGAGUGACAUUCCCUGGAUUCAUUGGCAGACAACUUGAAAUGAGUGUUCCUCCUCCUGUACACUACAGAGAGGUUUUGUGGUGCCCAUCUGGACGGAACACCCAGUUGCUUUAUUCCUAGCAAGAUGACUGAUCCUAUAAUGGACUUUUUUGAUGAUGCUAACCUUUUUGGUGGGAGUUUAGUGGAAGGAUUGCCUGAUGAUGCCUUUUCCCAGCCAGGACCAGUUUCACUUGUUGAUGAGUUGAACUUAAGUGCCGAGUUUGAACCUUUGCAGGUAGAACCGUUGAAUCAUGUACCAAUCAGUCAAGCACAACAAAAAAUUAAUGACUUUGAACAGUUAAAUCAGUUUGAAUCAUUAAAACUUCAUCAGAUGAGUCAGUCUUUCAGCAGCCCUGCAGAAAAUGUUUUAUCACCUCACUCACAGUUUAACUGUUCACCUGUUCACCAGCAAAAUCAACCAAACGGAAUAUUUCCCUGUGUUGCUGAUGGCAGUCCCAUGUGGGGUCACCAAGGCAGCACUGGGGGACUGAAUCAGAAUGGAUCACCAUUUCAGCAACAAGUACAUUCUCAAACUAUGCAGCAGACAAAAAACUUUGUAGCACAUCAUGACUUUGCCUUAUUUCAGGCCAAUCAACCACAGCAACCUUGUGCCUCACUACAGCCUCCACAGAGAAGAAACUGUGUUACCCAGAGUCAGGAGAUUCUUGGACAGCCGGAACCUUUUAUGGAUGUUGGUGUUUCUGCAUCACAUCAUACCAGUGGGGCUCAGCAGUCCAGAGUACCCAGUUGUUCAGUUCAGCAGCAGCAAAGUCUCUCAGCACAACAGCUUUCUCACACAACUUCAGGUGUUCCUUUGCAUUUUGGCAGAAGUCAUCAUAGUGGCUGCGACAAUGGCAGCUUUACUGCGAAUCCUGCAACCAUCUCUUCUUGUUCUGUUAAUUCUACAAACCAGUUUUCAUCUCCUUAUUCCUUUCAUAACCACCACAUUAGUUCUGUUCCUACCAGUCAACAGCCUACGUGUUUGCCAGAUUUCCCUGGAGAUAAUGUGUAUUCUGUUCAGACGGGGACCAAGGAAGCCGCUCACUGUGCACUUAAUCCUGACCACCAAGUAGGAGCAAACAGUUUCCAAACAAUGCAUUCUACACUUGUUCAGGGGAACUUUACAAAUUCUAAGUUGUCUUCUGUGGACAUAGGCUUUCCACCUCCCAACAGUUCUACAUCUCAGUCGAGGCACUUUAACGAUUCAGUUGAGAGCAGCGAGUUUCCCUCACUAGAGGAAAACUUACUACAACAAGUGGAAUCCCAGGCCGAACCUUUUACAGGACUUGAUCCAGAAGAUCUCCUUGAGGAAGAGCUGUUACCCCAGUUUGAUGCAGAAGAUUUUGUUCAGGAAGAUACAGGUCAUGUUGAUUUAAAUUCAGAUCAGGACAUUAAACAUGUUACUCAGCCCGGUGGUCCUCAGUCCCAGAGGCCUGAUCAGCCUUGGCAACCAUCAGUGUCUGAACAGCAUCAGGUACAUGAUAACAUGACACUACCAGUACAAGAACAGCCUCCUGGUAAGACCACUGAUGGUUCAGGGGUGCAGUCGAAACAGCAGAAUACCCAGGUGAAGGCCAUGUCAGAAAGGAGGCAGAAGAAGAAAUUGGAAAUAGAAAGUAAACAAGAAAAGGCUAAUCGAAUUAUAUCGGAGGCAAUAGCGAAAGCCAAGGAACGGGGGGAGAGGAACAUUCCAAGGGUACUUAGUCCUGAAACAUUCCCUAAUGUUUCAGGAGAGAGAAAAGAAGAAAAGCGAGGAAGAAAACUAAAAUAUAAACCAAAAGACAAAGAAAGUAAAAAGGCUAAAAUUGUUUCAUCAUCCAAAUCAAAAGAAAAAGCAAAAAUAGGGAAACUUGUAAUUACUUUGGGUAAAAAGAAAAAAAGAAAGAACGAAUCAUCAGAUGAACUGACAGAUGUAGAACAGAUUCUGCAGCGUUCCAACUCACAGAAAAGAAGAUCUAGUCGGCAAGUGAAAAGGCAAAGAUAUGCUGAAGAACAUGAGGUUAAAACAUGUGAUGAUGAUUUCAAAUUAUCUGCAAAAAACCGAAAGAGUGAAGCACUUCUACCUGUUGAGCAGCCCUUGCAGUUGUUUGUGGAGAAUCCAAGUGAAGAGGAUGCUGCAAUUGUUGAUAAAAUACUGUCCUGUAGAGUAAUAAAGAAGGAAGUCUCUGCAGCAGUAAAGGCUGAUGUGGAAGAAUAUUAUGUGAAGUACAAAAACUAUUCAUAUCUACACUGUGAAUGGGCGACAGAAGAGCAGCUUUUGAAGGACAGACGGAUACAGCAGAAAAUAAAACGCUUCAAGAUCAAACAGGCACAAAGAGCCCAUUUUUUUGCUGAUAUGGAAGAAGAGCUCUUCAAUCCAGACUACAUUGAGGUUGACCGUGUACUGGAAGUAUCAUACUGUGAAGACAAAGAUACUGGGGAGCCUGUUGUUUACUACUUGGUGAAGUGGUGUUCACUACCAUAUGAAGAUAGCACAUGGGAGCUGAAAGAAGACGUCGACCAAACAAAAAUAGAAGAAUUUGAACAGCUGCAGGCAGCCAGACCUGCAUCAUGGAAGGACCGACCUCCAGUUAAUGCUUGGAAGAAGAUAGGAGAGUCCAGAGAAUAUAAAAAUGGCAACCAGCUCAGGGAGUACCAGUUAGAGGGACUAAACUGGUUACUGUUUAACUGGUAUAACAGACGAAAUUGCAUUUUAGCAGAUGAGAUGGGACUUGGCAAAACUAUUCAGUCCAUUACAUUCCUCUCUGAAAUCUUCAUGACUGGUAUUCGUGGGCCUUUUCUUAUCAUUGCUCCACUUUCCACCAUUACAAACUGGGAGAGGGAAUUCCGCACAUGGACGGACUUAAAUGUCAUAGUUUUCCAUGGCAGCAUGAUCAGUCGACAGAUGAUACAGCAGUACGAGAUGUAUUUCAAGGAUGCUCAGGGCAGAAUUGUUCGAGGAUCGUACAAAUUUCACGCAAUUAUUACUACUUUUGAAAUGAUUCUUGCUGGUUGUCCUGAGCUGAGUACAAUUGAGUGGCGUUGUGUUAUUAUUGAUGAAGCACACCGACUGAAGAACAAGAAUUGCAAGCUGCUGGAGGGUCUCAAAGUGAUGAACAUGGAGCAUAAAGUGCUUUUGACUGGGACACCACUACAGAAUACUGUAGAAGAGCUCUUUAGCCUUCUUCAUUUCUUGGAACCUGUACGCUUUCAGUCUGAAACUACAUUCAUGCAGGAAUUUGGAGAACUUAAAACGGAGGAGCAGGUGCAAAAGCUGCAGGCCAUAUUAAAGCCUAUGAUGCUUCGACGUUUGAAAGAGGAUGUAGAAAAGAAGCUGGCUCCUAAAGAGGAGACAAUUAUUGAAGUUGAGUUAACAAAUAUUCAGAAGAAAUAUUACCGAGCAAUUUUGGAGAAAAACUUCUCUUUCUUGUCGAAAGGUGCAGGUCAGGCAAAUGUACCAAACCUAGUCAACACGAUGAUGGAACUGAGGAAGUGCUGUAAUCACCCAUACCUUAUUAAAGGAGCUGAAGAAAAAAUUCUUGGUGAGUUUCGUGAGACGCACCAUCCAGCUUCCCCUGAUUUCCAUUUACAAGCAAUGAUUCAGUCUGCUGGCAAACUAGUCCUAAUCGAUAAAUUGCUUCCCAAAAUGAAGGCUGGUGGCCAUAAGGUGCUGAUCUUCUCUCAGAUGGUGCGCUGCCUUGAUAUCCUGGAAGAUUACCUCAUACAGAAAAGGUACUUGUAUGAGCGUAUUGACGGCAGAGUUAGAGGAAACCUUCGGCAAGCUGCAAUCGAUCGCUUUAGCAAACCUGACUCAGAUCGAUUUGUUUUUCUGCUGUGUACCAGAGCUGGAGGGCUAGGAAUCAAUCUGACAGCAGCAGACACUUGCAUCAUCUUUGAUUCUGACUGGAAUCCACAGAAUGAUUUACAGGCUCAAGCCCGAUGCCAUAGGAUUGGACAACAUAAAGCUGUGAAGGUUUACAGAUUAAUAACACGCAAUUCCUAUGAGAGGGAGAUGUUUGAUCGAGCCAGUCUGAAACUGGGUUUGGACAAAGCAGUGUUACAAAGCAUGAGUGGCAGAGAGAACACUGUUGGCGGGAUUCAGCAACUUUCCAAGAAGGAAAUUGAAGACUUGCUGCGAAGAGGGGCUUAUGGGGCUAUAAUGGAUGAAGAGGAUGAAGGCUCCAAGUUUUGUGAAGAAGAUAUUGAUCAGAUUCUUCAACGUCGAACAAAAACUAUCACUAUUGAGUCGGAAGGAAGGGGUUCAACAUUUGCUAAGGCCAGUUUUGUUGCUUCUGGAAAUAGGACUGAUAUUUCAUUAGAUGACCCCAACUUUUGGCAGAAGUGGGCGAAGAAGGCUGAAAUCGAUAUAGAUGCCAUCAGUGGUAGAAAUAGCCUGGUGAUUGAUACCCCAAGAGUAAGAAAGCAGACAAGACCCUUCAGUGCUACAAAGGAGGAGAUGCCAGAAUUGUCCGAGCCAGAAAGUGAGGGGGAUGAUAAACCAAAACUCCGGCGGAUUUAUGAUCGUGGCUGUGGUUAUGGCAGAACGGAGUGUUUUAGGGUGGAGAAGAACCUCUUGGUUUAUGGAUGGGGGCGAUGGAAGGACAUCCUUACUCAUGGGCGCUUUAAAAAACAACUAAAUGAGCAGGACAUUGAGGUUAUUUGCCGAGCCCUCUUGGCAUAUUGCCUUCUUCACUACAGAGGAGAUGACAAAAUUAAGAGCUUUAUCUGGGAUCUCAUCACACCCACUGAAGAUGGACAGACACGUGAGCUCCAGAACCACUUGGGUUUGUCUGCACCUGUACCAAGGGGUCGAAAAGGGAAGAAGGUGAAAACACAAACAAGCACCUUUGAUAUCCAGAAGGCCGAUUGGCUCAGAAAGUAUGAUCCAGAACACCUUCUUCAAGAUGAUGGAUACAAGAAACAUCUAAAGCAUCAUUGUAAUAAGGUGCUGCUCAGAGUUAGGAUGUUGUAUUACUUAAAACAAGAGGUAAUUGGCGAUCAGUUUCAGAAGGUAUUUGAUGGAGUUGAUGCAAGUGAGAUUGAUAUUUGGGUCCCUGAACCAGAUCACUCAGACGUUCCAGCAAGGUGGUGGGAUGCAGACAUGGACAAAUCUCUCCUUAUAGGGGUGUUCAAACAUGGGUAUGAGAAGUAUAACACCGUCCGUGGAGAUCCAGCACUGUGCUUCUUGGAAAGAGUGGGCAAGCCAGAUGAUAAAGCAGUAGCUGCAGAGCAGAGAGCCAAUGAGUAUCUAGAUGGAGAUGGUGAAGACCCAGAAUACAAGCCUGCCCCGGCAUUCUUUAAAGAUGAUAUUGAGGACGAUGCUUCAUCACCUGGAGAGCUCAUCAUUGCUGAUGGCAUUGCAGAUUGCCCGAUGAUGGAAGGAGACAAGUUUUGCUGGCCUGCGUCUUCUGUCUUAACAACUCGUUUACGUCGUCUUGUAACUGCUUACCAGCGGAGUAGUAAAUGCAGGCAGAUACAGUUAGUGCAGCCACCCCAACCAGUCCAGCCCUGUGUGGUGCAGCCGCAGCAGCAAGAAGAACAGCUCAAUCCAAAGAUGGCGGCCAAAAUAGAAAGGCAGCAAAGGUGGACUAGAAGAGAAGAGGCUGAUUUCUAUAGAGUGGUAUCUACAUUUGGAGUGGUGGUUGAUCCAGAGAGGGGACGAUUUGAUUGGACAAAAUUUAGAGCCAUGGCUAGGUUGCACAAGAAGACAGAUGACAGUUUGGAGAAAUACCUGACUGCAUUUAUGGCAAUGUGCAGGAGAGUCUGCCGUCUUCCUGCCAAGGAAGGAGAAUUUGUGGAUCCAAGCAUACAUAUCCAACCCAUUACAGAAGAGCGUGCCUCAAGAACAUUGUAUCGUAUUGAGCUACUGCAUAAGGUGCGAGAACAAGUACUUCAUCAUCCACAGCUUUAUGAGCGAUUACAGCUAUGCCAGCCUAACAUUGACCUGCCAGUUUGGUGGGAAUGUGGGGUACAUGACAGAGAUUUGCUUAUUGGAGCUGCAAAACACGGGGUCAGCAGAACAGAUUAUCACAUUUUCCGUGAUCCUGAGUUAACUUUUAUGACUGCCCAAAGGAAUUACAGUCAAAACAAAACAUCACAGUCUAGGACUCCCACACCACUUUUGCAACAUCCAUGUCAAACAACACUUUCAGCGUCACCUCUAACUCCACAGGCAAGGCUUAUGGACACAAAAGCCAACACUGUGGAGGGUCAAAAAGUGAAGGGUGAUAGGACUGAACCCCUUAAAGAAGAAGAAACUUUGUCUUCUGAUGAAGAAUCUACAGAUGUUCUUGAAUCAAGAGCAGGAAUUAAAUCUGAACCCCAAAGCCCCAAAAAUGAUUGUCAGGCACAAAACACAGUGGACCAUAAAUUUAGUAUAAAGAUGGAAACUGAUAGACGUAUGGUUGCAGCAAGGACCGAACCUUUGACACCAAACUCUGCUUCUAGAAAGCAGAAGUGCAGGAAAAGAGGAUCAGGUUCUAGCUCAGACUCUGACUCUGAUUCAGAUAACUCAUCUUGUUCUUCCAGGUCUUCGUCAUCCUCCUCCUCUUCCUCAUCUUCAUGUUCUCGUUCCCAUUCAGGAACAAGUUCUUCAUCAUCCUCGUGUUCUUCACAGUCUUCAUCAUCGUCGUCGUCUUCAUCUUCGUCUUCAUCUUCAGAAGACAGUGAUAGUGAUGAAAGAGCAAAAGCAGGAGGAUCUGCUUCUCAUUUGAAAGCUUACGAUGAGGAUAGUGUUGCCUCUGUGAGUACAAUCCAAGAUGAGACUCAGGACAGCUUCCAGAUAGACAGUGGAACACCAAAUUCUUCACAGCUCUUCCCAAGUGGGGGAUAUAUUUUGGCUGCCUCCUACUGGCCGAAGGAUCGAGUGGUUAUUAAUCGUCUGGACAGUGUUUGCCAGGCAGUGUUGAAAGGAAAAUGGCCUUCCACACGGAGAAGCUACGACAUGAAUGCGGUGGCAUCCUUCUAUACAACCAAACUUCUGGACUGUCCUAGCACUGCGGCAGACUUCAGUGAUUCUGGUGCAGUACUGGCACCUCAGGCAGUGGUGGCAGGUGUUAAGGAAGAACCUGCUCACUCACCACAGAUGGCAAAGGUGAAGAAGCAUGUACGAGAAAAGGAGUUUACAGUCAAAGUCAAUUACGAUGGAGGCCUGAAACUGACUUUUCAGAAGCAAGGGUUACCCCUAAAGAGACCGUUUGAAAAUGAAGAAGGCCCACUUGGACAGCAGCAGUAUCUUGCUCGUCUGCGUGAACUUCAGAAUGCAUCAGAUGCAAGCCUUGCUAACUUGUCUAGAUGUCUUCCCCCUUCAGGUGCCUCCAACAGGUUUAUACCAAGUGCAAAUGGGGUGUUAGCAGACAACCAGCCAAUAAUUAAAAAAAGAAGAGGACGAAGGAAAAAUGUGGAAGGAGUUGAUCCAUUGUUUUUGAACAAACAAUCACCAAAUCAUGUUAAUGUUUCUCAUGUUGUCCGGGGACUAAAUCCAACAGUAGCAUAUGCUCAGUGUCAAAAAUUACUUGAUGAAGAGAGUCCAGUACCUGUUAUCAAUUUAAAGGAUGGCACAAGACUGGCUGGUGAUGAUGCUCCAAAGAGAAGAGACUUGCAACAUUGGCUGAAAGAGCAUCCAGCUUACGUUGAAGACUUUGGAGCUUUUAUUCCUUUCCAUGAUGGAAGGCCUAAGCAAAAACGGCAUCGAUGUAGAAACCCCAAUAAACUUGAUGUCAAUAGCCUUACUGGAGAAGAGCGAGUGCAGCUGAUAAACAGGAGAAAUGCCAGAAAGGUUGGUGGAGCAUUUGCACCUCCUCUGAAGGACCUCUGUCGAUUUCUGCAAGAGAAUCCAGAAUAUGGAGUGGCUCCAGAAUGGGCUGAUGUUGUGAAACAAUCAGGAUUUCUUCCUGAGACCAUGUUUGAUCGUAUCCUCACAGGACCUGUGGUGCGAGAGGAAGUGAGCAGAAGGGGACGUAAACCGAAGAGUGAAGUUGCGAAGGCAGCAGCUGCUGCAGCCGCAGCUUCGGCUACUGCGGCUAUGAGUAUCAACCCUCUGUUGGCCAAUGGUCUUCUUCCAGGAGUUGAUCUGUCUGCUCUACAAGCCCUGCAGCAAAAUCUACAAAACUUGCAAUCACUACAGCUUACUGCAGGGCUGAUGAGAUUUCCUCCUGCUGGUGAAGCUAAAAACAUGGCUGCCAUCUUUCCACUUUUGCUGUCUGGAAUGGCAGGACUACCAAAUCUACUUAGUAUGAGUGGAUUGCUAACAAAACCUACAGGAUCUGGCACUGAGAACAAAAAGGGAAACUGCAUUAAUGACUCUAAAGAGCUAGAUGCAAAAGAGCGGACAGAACCCCCAGUUUCUGACAGUACUGGAAAUAGCCCUGUGUCGGGUUCUCCUUCCACAUCUUCAGCAGCAACAUUAAAUACUGGCACUACAACAGCUAAUGCAGUAGCUCUUAACCCAUUGCUAUUGUCAAACAUACUUUAUCCAGGGAUGCUACUCACUCCAGGCCUUAAUCUUCAUAUUCCAGCUUUGUCUCAGUGUAAUAUUUUUGAUGUACAGAACAGUAAAAAAAGUGACACAGCUUCAGCAAAGCCCACAGUAAAAAAGGGUGAAAUAAUUGGGGACAGAGAAAAGGAAAUCAAAGAGGGAACAGAACUGAACUCACAGAAUGAAAACAGCACAGAUGAAGGGUCGGAAAAAGCCGAUGCUUCAUCUGGGUCUGAAAGCACCUCCUCAUCUGAGGACUCAGAAUCAAGUGAUGAAAACUGAGUAGAGGCUCUGCACUUAAACCCAUAAACUGUUUUGGAUUUGUUCUUACUAUAAUAAAUUUAUUGUAAAUAAGCCCAGUGUUGAGUGUAUCAAUGAUGUACUGAAAAAUGAAACAUUUCAGUAUUGUUUAGAGGUGCAAAUUGCUUUCAGAAACAUUUUGCAUGUAAACUUCCUUGGAGUUCAUACGUUUCUGAACUUGUAUGUACUAUCAUUACACAAUGGUGUAAAUUGCAACAAAAGGCAUUAUUAUAUUAUAAUUUGGGGGGAUUAAUUUUAUGAAAUUGUGCUCAAGUAGAGCUGUAUAUUUAAUAUAUUUGCAGUGAACACAAAAGACUUUAUGCAUAUUGUGGUUUCAUUUGAGUAUAGUUUUACAGCCUCCUUGACACUUAUAAUUUGCAGAUCAAAACUCAGCAAUAACAUGGGCAGCUAAUGAAUGUCAUGAAAGCUGUAGAAUUUACAUCACCAUAAUUUUAAAUUAACUUUUAACGGUUUUGUUUUGUGAGGCACUGCUGAUGUUUCAAAUUCAGGUACAACUGUGUUGAAAUACUUUUCCCAGUCUGCCAGUUAAGCUGGCUGUUUUUUACCUCAGCUGAAUUAGUUUAGCAAGUUUACAGUGGUUUCUAUACUUAUUUGCAGUUUUGUGAAACAGCAUCUUGUAUUUUAUCAUGAUUUACCUAACAAGGUAUUUUGACUGCCUUUGCUUGUUAAAGACCUUCAAGCAAAAGCAAAGGUGAACAACAGUUUUGUUUUCCUAAGUUUGGCAGUCUGUCAUUAAUAUACAGGAAAGACCUGUUGACUUCAUUUGUAGUGGAGUUAAAGCUGAACUGCAACUUGAUGCAUUUUAUAGGUUUGAAAGUUAAACACCAUUUCUUGAUGUUACAGUUUUGUCAGUAAGGUUCAGUCAUGUUAGAGUGAAGUCAUCCAGUUUUGUAUAUGGCAUUCAGUAUGUCCAUCCCACUCGCACCUUGUUUAACUUUUUGAUCCUGCUGCUUGGUCUGUGUUCACCUCUCUGUCCAUUUGUAAUGUUUCCAUGGUCUUUUUCAUCAGUAUAUACGUUGGGCUGGCAUUUCUUUCAUUGUGAUAGUUUGAGGCAAACAUACUGACCUCUGUACAGUUGCAUGCAUGCUUCAGAUCCCCUUGGGAAUCUGCCUGUCCCCCCAGCUGUUUCUCAGUUAACUUUGCCAGUCUGCCUUAUGCCUUGACUCUUAGCUUCUUUCUGAAGGGACACCUGAGAACAGAUGGAGUUAUAGUUCCUUUCAGUGACCAUCUGUUGUAGAUAAGGUACUGAAGAUGAGGGGUCUCGUCAGAAUCUCACCCCCACUUCUAGCUCCUAGAGGCUAGAGAAGUAGAAUUCCAGAUAUUCUGUCUGGUUAGGUGCUAAGAUGUACAGUGGUAGUAGCAGCCCUUCCCAAAGUCCUUUCCCAUCAGCUGUGCUUGCAUUCAGUUAUUCAUAUGUACAUGCAUUGCAGUAAUUCUGAGAAUGAUCCGAAAGCUUCUGCUAAGCUCCCUUAUGCACCUGCAUGUGUUGCUUCAAUUGGAUACAAAGUCACUCCAUCCACAAUUGGUUGUCUUUAGAGACUGGCUCUGACGUCUCUUCUGUGACAUUGCUGUUUUUCUUUGAGUUUCCAAACUUUGAAAAUACCAGUAUGUUGCUGAAGUACAGCAGGGUUGGUAUUCACUUGGAAAUGAUGAAACGUCAAUGAACUUAUGUAGUGUUUACUGUUUAUAGGUCAUGCAGUGUUUAUCUCAUUAAAUGCAAUGGAGAGACAUUUAAACCAUUACUGGUUCCAUCCAAGAUGUCAGGGUAUUGGGCCAGGGAUUUGACUCUGGGAUGUUGUAGUUUGCCAAGAUUUGUUUUACAGCCCUUUUUAAUGGAAAGAAUUUAGGUGACUGAUGGUAGAAAACUAAGUUCCCUAUAUUAAGAAUAGGCAUAUUUAUUUUUUAUAUUCACUUUUCUAUGUACUAGAUUUGCGUUAAAUUCUGCUAGAGUUACCCUUACAUACUUGAUAAAGGCCUGCAUAUAAACACAAACAUCACCCCAUUCCCCGGACAUGUCUUGGUUUUCUCUUGUCACCUUUUCAAUGUUUUGGUAGAUUUUCCAUAUGUAAAAAAUGUUAUUUGCGGUUGUAUGAUAUAGUACAAAACGUAAAUUAUUUUCAAACUAGAUCUGUAAUGCCGCCUAUUUUUAACUGCCUUUUCCAGAUAAACAGUCUUUCUGAGGAAAGUUAUUUAUGUACUAAACAUGGUAUCACGGUGUCAUUGCACCUGGUAAUGGAUUUGGGGUUGGGGGGGUGGAGGCAGGAGCAGUAUUAGAUAUGAGAUGUUAGAUGUGUCACCGAUCUCUGUGCAGGUCAUGAUUGAUUAUUGUACUCUGCGAGUAUUGUGCUAAUUUACAAAGCCAAAUUAACCUUUACAGUUAGAAAGAACAGUCUUGUUCAAAAGUGACAUGGCCACAUCAUGAUCCAACCCUCAUACCAUUUGAAAGAAAAAUGAAUAAUACCGCUCAUUAUGUUUGUGGUGUUCAAGUGGUACAGCUCUAAAGUUAUCCAGAGCCAGAGUUUUGCAAAGAUGGAUAGGAAUGAACAUAAGUAAUUGUUUAUCAUUAUUGCCCUAAGAAUUCAUAGAUAAAAAGGAUUUAUGCUAAAUGUAUUAACCAUGGUUAAUAUUCCUGGUCAAAAUCCAAUGAGUUUGGCAAUCAAGCAAAUCUGUUUGUGUAUACUAAGAGAGUUGGAGCAGUGUUUUUUUUUCUCCAUUUGAAAGGAAAACUACUUAAGUUUCUGCUGACUUUUAUCUUAGGUUAGAAUUUUUUUUUCACAGGAGGUAUAUAUAAAGUGGAAAAAAGAUGAUCCCUGGAUAUUAUGCAAUAUGCAAGCAUCACUGUGUGUAAAAGUAACACAGAAACAAAUUACACUAACAGAAGCUUCACUUCUAACAGGAUUAUUCCAAGGUGAUGAAAUAGAACAUAAAAUGUGUUUUGGUAGUUAACAAAAGGAAAAAUGUAGCUGUUAUUGCCUUGUUGUUAAAUCCUUCGUCUUCAGGCUUCAUGGCCGAGUCACUCAAGAGUCCAUUUUUCUUUUGGACAGUUGCAAUAUUUGCCAGUUGUGUUCUGUGUAGUCUGAAUUUGCUUCCUGUAGUUGAAAAAGCGUCUUAAAAAGUCAUUUGUAAUUUAUUGAAUUACUUUCUAUGAUGUUCUAUAGAGCAAAUGGAAGUUUAAUUAUUUUUAUUAAACAUAUUCUUUGACUACC